AUGGACACAUAUCUUUAUCUUUUUGAGAUAAAAAAAAAAAAGCAGAAAGGUCCCUUCUUUCCUUUCUUCUGGGUACCGGCUCCUUGCUGUCGAAAUGGGCAAGUUCAUGAAAUCCAGGAAAGUGGUGCUGUGGUGCUGGUCCUGGCUGGACGCAAAGCCAUCAUCGUGAAGAACAUUGAUGAUGGUACCUCAGACCGCCCUUACAGCCAUGCCCUGGUGGCUGGAAUUGACUGCUAUCCCCGAAAAGUGACAGCUGCCAUGGGCAAGAAGAAAAUUGCCAAGAGGUCAAAGAUUAAGUCCUUUGUGAAAGUUUAUAACUAUAAUCACCUCAUGCCCACAAGGUACUCUGUGGACAUCCCCUUGGACAAAACAGUUGUCAACAAGCAUGUCUUUAGAGAUGUAGCCCUGAAAUGCAAGGCCAGGAGGGAGGCCAAAGUCAAGUUUGAGGAAAGAUACAAGACAGGGAAGAACAAAUUGUUUUUCCAGAAGCUUUGCUUUUAGAUAUAUUUUU